ACAAAAACAGCCACCCUGACAGGGUUUCUCCUCAAACCAGGGGGUGACCAUGACCUGCUGUGAAGGAUGGACAGCCUGCAAUGGAUUCAGCCUGCUGCUUCUACUUCUGUUGGGAGUAACUCUCAAUGCAAUACCUCUAAUUGUCAACUUAGUGGAGGAAGACCAAACUUUUAAAAACCCCAUCUCUUGCUUUGAAUGGUUGUUCCCUGGGAUUAUUGGAGCAGGUCUGAUGGUCAUUCCAGCAACAACGAUGUCCUUAGCAGCGAGGAAAAGAGCAUGCUGCAAUAACAAAACCGGGAUGUUUCUUUCAUCACUUCUGAACGUGAUCACAGUCACUGGAGCUGCAUACUGCCUGACGGUGUCCAUCCAGGCUAUCGCGGAGGGCCCUCUCAUUUGUAACUCUCAAGGCAACAGAACUUCCAGUUGUGAAUUGUCAUUUGAAAACUUAACUGCCAUUCAUCCAGAAUCCUUCAAUCUGCAGUGGUUCUUUGACGACUCUUGUGUUUCUCCUACGGAUUUCAAUAAUCCCUCCAACAACAACACAACAGCCAGUAACUGGAGAACAUACAGCUUACACUUCAAUUCUAUGGAAAACAAGCAUAGGAUUAUCCAUUUCUCAGUAUUUUUAGGUCUACUGCUUGUGGGCAUUCUUGAGACCCUGUUUGGGCUCAGUCAGAUACUCAUCGGCUUCCUUGGCUGUCUGUGUGGAGGAGUCUCUAAGCGAAGAAACCGAAUUGUGUAG